CCAGCGAGUGAGGGAGUGUGCAACAACAAGCCGGUUUGCUUUAUGCACGCGUGCAUUGCGCCAGAGGUGCAUGGCAUGCCCCGGAGUAAUUCUCCUGCUGUGGGACCGACGGUAGCGACUGGAUUAUAAUAUUAUUAUCAUUAUUUUUUUUUCUUUUUUGGGGGGAGGGAGAAACCACGCACCAACAUGUCCGGGACCCCGCAAGACGUGAGCAAGCUCACCGAGCUAACCUAUAAAAAUGUGAUGGACCAGUACAACCCCAGCUUGAGGAACCUGGUCAACCUAGGCAAGAGCUAUGAGAAGUCAGUGACAGCCAUGACCCUCGCAGGAAAGGCCUACUUUGAUGCCGUCACAAAAAUUGGAGAAAACGCUACCAUGUCUCCAAUUUCCAGGGAACUUGGUAUGGUUCUGAUGGACAUUGCAGAUGUCCACAGAAAGGUCCAUUUUGAACUGGAGCAAAAUUUCAAGAGAUUCCACCUAGAUGUUCUCUCAGAGUUGGAAAAGAAGACGGAAAUGGAUGUGAAGUAUAUGAAUGCUACAUUUAAGCGCUACCAGUCAGAACACAAGUCCAAGCAAGACUCCUUGGACCGCUCGCAGACUGACUUGAAGAAGCUGAGGAGAAAAAGCCAAGGCAAGAACGUGUCAAAGUACGAGAUGAAGGAGAACGAGUACAUGGAAACCAUCUCCUCGCGCCAGAUGGACAUGCAAAAGUUCAUCGCCGACGGCUGCAGAGAGGCUCUGCUGGAAGAAAAACGACGCUUCUGUUUCCUGGCUGACAAACACUGCAUGUUCUCUUAUCACAUUAGCAACUUCCACGAUAAAGCAAAAGUGAUGCUGAGCGAGAAGAUCCCCGGCUGGCAGGAGAUAUGCUGCAACGUCAGCAAGGUGCCGGACACCGUCAAGCACAUGAUAGACGGACUUUACGUCAAUCAAGAGCAAUCGUUGCUUGCCAACCGCUUCAGGAACAGCGUUGAGUCAAUGGUGCCGCCCCCUGCGCCCCCACUGAAAGCGCUCACUAGUCCACUCGCAAACAUGUUCAACCCUGAGCCCAGAUCUCCAAUCACUUUCGAGAAUCACUCAGACCAGGGCAUCCUCAGCGAUUAUAGUCCAUCCCGGUCGACCUCCCAGAUUUCGGGUCCCACUAUGAGGAAAAAGCCUCGGGUCAAGACUAUCUUUCCUCAUUCGGCGGGAAACAACGACACCCUCCUCAGCUUUGACGAGGGUGACGUCAUUAUACUUAUUAAGGAAGAAAAGGACGGCUGGCUUUAUGGCGAGAUGGAAAAGACUAGCCAGCGUGGUUGGUUCCCAACAUCCUACUGCAGACCUUAUUCGGAGUCGAUUAUAUCAAAUAGCAGCGAUUUAGAGUCACCGCUGCAAAGUCUGAGCAUCAGCAGUCUACCCGAGCCGGAUGAUUUCGAGUCGCUGUUGCUACCGCCGGCGGACUACUCGGAUGAUUUCCCAUCACGCACGACGAUCCCGUCAACGCAAUCGCCACAGAAUACGGUUUCGUUACAAAACGGUAAUGCAAAGGUUCCUUUUCUAGGAGGAGGAAAUCCCUUCGCUACUGUCAAGCUGAGACCGACUGUCACCAAUGAUCGAUCGGCACCUGCCAUCUAAACACAAAACAGAAUGGACAUAUAAUCAAAAGUAUAUAUGAAUGCAUCUAUGACUUGUACAUGCCAUCUCGUGUAAUUCAAAAUAAUAUUUAAUUGAUAAAUGCAUUAUUUUUGUCAUGUUCCUGACUACAAUGCAACCAGGCUGACUUCCUGACUUACAGAAAACAAAAGACGCAUAUAAAAGAAAGCGUUUACUUUUCUAUUUUUUAUUAUAUUGAGUUGUCUUUUUUUUAAGAGCGCUGCAAUGUUAUGCGGAGAUUGUGAGAAUGAAGGGAGCGUGCUGUGUUGCUUAAAAAAAUGAUUUGUCAUUUGAGAGCCAGCAAUGAAGUAUGUCAUUACCUGAAAUAAAAUGUUCUAUUCAUAAGCAGGAUAUUUGUAAGAGAUAUUUAAAUAAAUAGUUCAACAUAUGUUCACCAUGUGCUCAAACCAAGUUUUUGGUUUGCCAGUGUAUUAAAUGGAGACCAUUUUGAUGAAGAGAAUAUUUUUCAUGCUUAGUGAUUUUGGCAGGCAAAUUGUGCAAUAUGCUAAUGUUGUUCAUCACUAGUUGACAUUUACGUUAUCCCUCAAUAUGUCAGGGUCACAGUUUUGAAAUAUAUAACGUAGAUUUUGUGAGAUCAUUUUUUUUGGACCCGUAUUUGAAUUACAGAAUGUGUACUGUAUGAUGGACAAAUGAUAUACUGUUAUUCCUCAGUGCCUCCUUCAGUGUACCUUCCCGUUGUGUUUACAAUGUAGCCUUUUUUCUUUAAUAAAACAAAGUCUACAUAUUUAA